AUGGGAAUCGGCAUCGGCCUUGUCGCCGCGCGCGUCGCCAAGCUCAACGUGCACUCGAGAAGGGACUGGCGUUUCCUGGACAAGCUGCUGGUCAAGGACAUCGGCAAGGGCAAGUGCACGGAGGACGAGCGCUCCGAGGUCAAGGCGCGCAUCAGCUCGGCCGGCAGCAUCCAGGAGAUGAGCCACGCCGACUUUGUGGUCGAGGCAGUGUCGGAGAACCCGCAGCUCAAGCACACGAUCUUCUCGCAGCUGUCGGAGCGGCUGCCCGAGGACACGAUCCUGGCCACCAACACGUCGUCGAUCAGCAUCACCAAGAUUGCGUCGGCAGCCAAGCGGCCCGACAACGUCAUCGGCAUGCACUUCAUGAACCCGGUGCCGGUGAUGAAGCUGACAUCGCAGGCGACGCUCGACACGACGCUGGCGCUGGCCCACAAGAUGGGCAAGACCACGACCAUGUCGCAGGACGUGCCUGGCUUCAUUGCCAACCGCCUGCUGAUGCCGUACAUCAACGAGGCCAUGAUUGCGCUGCAGGAGGGCAUUGCGUCCAAGGAGGACAUUGACACGACGAUGAAGCUGGGCACCAACAACCCGAUGGGACCGCUGACCCUGGCCGACUUUAUUCGGGCUGGACACGUGCUGCACAACGAGCUGGGCGACUCAAAGUACCGCCCGGCGGUGCUGCUGCAAAAGUACGUCGACGCGGGCUGGCUCGGCGUCAAGAGCGGCAAGGGCAUCUACGACUACCCGGCCAAGAAGUAG